CGUCCUGACAUUAACGGAUCCGGAAAUAAGUACUGUUGACAAUCGGUAGGCCACGGUCACGGAAGACGUGGGGGACCCCUUAGUGAAAAAUGCCCCCCAAAACCAAGAAAGCUGCUUUAGCAGACAUGCUGGAGAAUCUGUCAAAGUGUGACUUUGACAAGUUUUGCAGCCGUCUGUUGGACCGCAGGGAGGAGCCGCGCGUCCGGCGCAGACAAGUGGAGGGAAAAAACUUCCUACAGAUCGCAGACGUCCUGGUUUCUACCUUUACCGAGGCUGGAGCUGUAAAGGUGGCUGUGGAGUUGUUGGAAUGUGCUAACUGCGGGCAGGAAGUAGAAGAACUCGUUGAAGUGAUAGCUGGACUUGACUCAAAACCCGGGACCAGUGACACUGCAAGACCCUCAGCCGGAGCAACUGGUGUAGAUACCACAUCAGAUGACAAACACUUUGUGGAUAAACAUAGAAUCCAGCUCAUCGAAAGAGUGAGCCACAUGGAACCCAUUCUGGAUCGUCUCCUCGAGAAAGGUGUCCUCCAGGAAGAGGCUUACAAUAAAAUCAGAGCUCUGCCCACCUCUCAGCAGAAGAUGAGAGAGCUCUACAGCGGUUGCCUGAAAGCUGGUGCUGCUAGCAAAGCUAUCUUCUACGAUAUCCUUCUGAAAUUUGAGGAAUUUCUCAUUGACGACCUCAAGACAAACCACUAAAUGUUGGGGUGAAAUCUGUUUUAGACCAAAACCAGUUUUUAAUACAUGAAUAAUUGGGAAAUAUUCAUUGUAAUGUUAUGUCUCUAUGUGGGUUUUCCUAUUUGACUUUUGACCAGAUUCAGCAAAUUUUGAUGAUCAUGCAAAAAUAAUGAACACAAUUUAUAAUUGAAGAGCUCUCCUUUUUUAACCUCAUUAAUUGAUGUGAAUUAAAACCGAAUUAUAUGAAUUUUGCCAAAUGCUAAAAGAUUGUUUUUCUAAAUCUUUUUCUAAAUACAUUUUCAUAAACACCAUAAAAUCAUAACAUAGUCGGGGAAUAGUGUACAGAGCUGAAAUUUACCGUUGACUCGUCUCUACCUCAUGAAAACCUGCUGCGAGCUUCACUAAGCCAGUCAGAUGUGUGUUUCUUGCAAAGGGUGCACACCGUUCUGAAUGUUUUACUAGAUGUUCCUGGCAUGUAUAUCAAUCAACCCCGUGAGUUUGGUGACGAUACGUUGGGUCGUUAUGAUUUUAUGAAUUAUUAUUAAGUUAAAUGACCAUGUAAUAAUCCUAACUCGGCCUACGAAGCAGCUGAUCAGUGUAACUCCCAAUCAACAGCGGGAAGUAAAGACUCACUUUUACAUUUGGAUGGUGUUUAAAAAUGUCUGCUUCAUUGAAACGUUUUCUAAUCUUUAAUAAAACAUUCAAAUUUG